ACAAUGCCUCCAAGCAGAAGUAAAACGCCGCCCCCUGCUCAAGGAAUUCAAGGAAAAAGAGAUGUAGCUAAAGGUAAAGUACCUAAUGCAGAAAAGAGAGAGCCUGGUCCUAGACAGGCAGCUGUAAAUGCAGCUGUUCAAAGAGUUCAGGUACUGCCAGAUGCUGAUACGCUAUUACAUUUUGCCACAGAAAGCACACCAGAUGGGUUUUCUUGCUCUUCUAGCCUGAGUGCUCUGAGUCUCGAUGAGCCAUUUAUACAGAAAGAUGUAGAAUUAAGAAUAAUGCCUCCAGUUCAUGAAAAUGAACAUGGAAAUGAAGCAGAAUCUGAACAGUCAGAUGAUAUGAAGGAUAACCAAGAGAAGAAAGUAGAGAAGCCUACUGAAGCAGAAAAAGACAUUCUGGAUGAUUCUGAUGAUGAUGAUGAUAUUGAAAUACUGGAAGCCUGUAUUAUUUCUGCUAUGCCAACAAAGUCUUCACGUAAAGCUAAAAAGCCUUCUCCGGCAUCUGCUCCAAAAAUACCUCCUCCUGUAGCCAGAAAGCCCAGCCAGUUGCCAGUUUACAAACUUUUGCCUUCACAAAACAGACUGCAAUCCCAAAAGCAUGUGAGUUUUACACCGGGAGAUGAUAUGCCACGGGUAUAUUGUGUUGAAGGUACACCAAUAAAUUUUUCAACAGCUACAUCUCUGAGUGAUCUCACAAUAGAAUCACCCCCAGCUGAGUUGGUCAAUGUAGACAGUGUGGGUUCGGGAGCAGAGACAGGGGAAUUUGAAAAGCGAGACACCAUUCCUACGGAAGGCAGAAGUAUAGAUGACUCUCAGAGAGCAAAAGGCUCAACUGUGACCCCCCCAGGCCUGGAUGAUGACAGAACAGAAGAGGGUGAUAUUCUGGCUGAGUGCAUUAACUCAGCUAUGCCAAAAGGAAAAAGUCACAAACCUUUCAGAGUGAAGAAGAUAAUGGAUCAAAUUCAACAAGCAUCUUCAUCUCUGAGUAAUAAAAACCAGCCAGAAGGUGAGAAAAAGAAGCCAACAUCACCAGUGAAACCUGUUCCCCAAACCAAUGAAUACAGAGCACAUAUAAGAAGAAACACAGAGCCUAAAAGCAAUAUUAAUAAUGAAAGAAGCUAUCCAGAGAACAGAGACACAAAGAAACAGAAUCUUAAGAAUAAUUCAAGAGAUUUUAAUGACAAAUUGCCAAAUAAUGAAGAGCGGGCAAGAGGAAGCUUUGCAUUUGAUUCCCCUCAUCAUUACACGCCUAUUGAGGGAACUCCUUACUGUUUUUCACGGAAUGAUUCCCUAAGUUCUUUAGAUUUCGAUGAUGAUGAUGUUGACCUUUCAAGGGAGAAGGCAGAAUUAAGAAAAGGAAAAGAAGCAAAGGAAACAGAAACUAAAGACUGCACUAAUUCAGAGCAGUCUUCAAAUCAGCAACCAAGUAACAGGGCACAGGUUUGUCAAAAACACCCAACAGGCAGAAGCCAGCCUAAAACUUUCUCUCAGACAACUAAAGAUAUUCCAGACAGAGGAGCAGCUACAGAUGAGAAAAUGCAGAAUUUUGCUAUCGAAAACACACCUGUUUGUUUUUCUCGCAAUUCAUCUCUUAGUUCCCUCAGUGAUAUUGAUCAAGAAAACAAUAACAGCAAAGAAGGGGAACCCUCAAAACAUACUGAGGCUCCCAAUUCACAGAUGGAAACAAGCAGACCACAGCCUUCUGGUUACGCACCUAAAUCAUUUCAUGUUGAAGAUACUCCUGUAUGUUUCUCCAGAAACAGCUCUCUGAGUUCUCUUAGUAUAGACUCAGAAGAUGAUCUUUUGCAGGAAUGAAUUAGUUCUGCUAUGCCUAAGAAGAAAAAACCCUCAAGAAUAAAGAGUGAAAGUGACAAAAAUAAUUCCAGAAAUACAGGUGGUAUAUUGGCAGAAGAUUUAACACUGGACUUGAGAGAUAUACAGAGGCCAGAAUCAGAACAUGGUUUCUCACCUGAUUCAGAGAACUUUGAUUGGAAAGCUAUACAAGAAGGUGCAAAUUCUAUAGUUAGUAGCUUGCAUCAAGCUGCGGCUGCUGCAUCACUGUCUAGACAGGCUUCAUCGGACUCUGAUUCUAUCCUUUCAUUAAAAUCUGGUAUUUCUCUGGGGUCGCCAUUUCAUCUGACCCCAGACCAAGAAGAAAAGCCUUUCACUAGUAAUAAAGGUCCAAGAAUUCUUAAGCCAGGAGAGAAGAGUACACUGGAGUCUAAAAAAGUAGAAUCUGAAAGCAGGGGAAUCAAAGGAGGAAAGAAAGUGUAUAAAAGUAUAAUUACAGGCAAAGCUCGCUCCAAUUCAGAAGUUUCCAGCCAGUUGAAGCAACCACAACAGACAAGUGUGCCUUCAAUUUCACGUGGUAGGACAAUGAUCCAUAUUCCAGGAGUUCGAAAUAGUUCUUCAAGUACUAGUCCUGUUUCCAAAAAAGUUCCUCCACUAAAAAACACAAACUCCAAGAGUCCCAGUGAAGGCCAAAGUUUAACUAGUUCUCCAAGAGGAGUCAAGUCAUUGGUGAAACCUGAGCCAGCUCCUGUUACUAGGCAACCAUCAGGAUUUAACCAGAGUGGAUCAAGUAAAGGACCUUCUAGAUCAGGGUCUAGAGAAUCCACUCCUUCUAGACCUCAACAGCAACCAUUAAGUAGGCCUCUGCAGUCUCCUGGCCGAAACUCAAUUUCCCCAGGAAGAAAUGGUUUAAGUCCUCCUAACAAGUUGUCUCAGUUGCCAAGGACGUCAUCUCCUAGCACAGCUUCAACUAAGUCUUCAAGUUCAGGUAGAAUGUCAUACACGUCACCAGGGAGACAGAUGAGCCAGCAGAACCUUACAAAGCAAGCUACCUUACCUAAGAGUACCAGUAGCAUUCCACGAAGUGAGUCUGCUUCAAAAGGGUUAAACCAAGCUCUCAGCAGUGGUGGAUCAAACAAAAAGACUGAACUAUCCAGAGUGUCAUCCACAAAAUCUAGUGGAAGUGAAUCUGACAGAUCUGAGAGACCUGUUCUUGUUCGUCAGUCAACUUUUAUUAAAGAAGCUCCGAGUCCAACUCUAAGACGGAAAUUAGAAGAGUCAGCUUCAUUUGAAUCUCUGUCUCCUUCCAGGCCAGAUUCUCCCACAAGGUCGCAACUACAGACCCCAGUUUUAAGCCCAUCUCUUCCUGAUAUGUCUUUAUCCACUCAUUCAACUGCCCAGACUAGUGGUUGGCGAAAAUUACCCCCUAAUCUGAGUCCUUCUGUAGAGUAUGAUGGGAGACCAGUGAAACGUCAUGACAUAGCUCGUUCUCAUUCUGAGAGUCCGUCUAGAUUGCCUAUCAACAGAUCAGGAACAUGGAAGCGUGAGCACAGUAAGCAUUCCUCGUCACUUCCUCGUGUCAGCACUUGGCGAAGAACUGGAAGUUCCUCCUCAAUUCUGUCAGCUUCUUCAGAAUCCAGUGAAAAGGCAAAAAGUGAGGAUGAAAAGCAACAUGGAAGCUCUCUUUCUGGACACAAGCAAAGUAAAGAAAACCAAGCACCAGCAAAAGGUACUUGGAGAAAAAUAAAAGAAACUGAAAUUCCUCAGAUAAUGAAUGAUCCUCAGCAUUCUUCGUCAGGUGCCACAAAUGGCUCUGAUUCCAAAACUCUCAUCUAUCAGAUGGCACCAGCUGUCUCUAAGACAGAGGACGUGUGGGUGAGGAUAGAGGACUGCCCAAUUAACAAUCCUCGAUCUGGAAGGUCCCCUACUGCAAAUACUCCCCCUGUUAUUGACAGU